CAGCGCCGGACGGUCGCAGCUCAGCCAAAGACACCUCGCGAUGCACCACCUCGUCGCGUUGCGAAUGUCACCCCGUGAAACCGCUGUGCGCGUUGGGAUCGCACGCCGGCCUCAUGCCCGCCCACUGCUGGACCUGCCCCUCUCCAGCGGAUGCCGUGUCUCCUUUCAGCUUAGAUCUGGGCCAGGUCAAUCUCCCGCAGCUUUGUCACGCGUGUUGCGUGCGGACGGUGGAGUUCACCCCCAGCUGGGGCACCGCUUUCUCAUCAGCACAUGGAUCGUGGAAAAUCUGUUGCAUGCGGGCUCGAGCAUGACCCCAGGUAUGGGGCGACCACACUGGCCAGAGCCGUUCUCGACCAGUGAUCAUCGUCCGCGGUUUGCUGCUCGCUUUGCGGGAUGGGCUAGCGUCGGAGCAGAACUGUAGGAUUGGGGAAAUCAGGCGGCAUAAAUCACAUUUCCAGUCUGUCACCACCGUGCUAGGCAAGCUUCUAAGCUGGGCCGCAGAGUGCAGACGAAAUUUUGUGCCACCACGGCCAGAUUGCGAGUACAAAUGCCCAGAUCCCCCCGCACGUUUGCUUGAGCGAUCGUCGUUUACUUUUUCCUUCACGAUCUGCCUUCGCGGUCAAGCUUCAGUCACCUGAAGUGCCUGUCCCUCCCAAGUGCCAACCACCCCGCGCACCAUCAGGCCUCUCGUGUGCUUCGUCUAGAACAGGAUCGCCGGCUGCUCAGCUCUUCUUCCGUCGCCAACCCUUCAGGAGGAUCACAGUCCAACAACCACCAACAUGCCUGGCGGAGGUGUCACUCUUCACGCCACCACCGAUGUCAAUCGGGUCGAGGCUCCCGUCACCUGGAAGGCGUACCUGAUGUGCGUCUUUGCCUCCUUCGGCGGUAUCCUCUUCGGUUACGACUCCGGUUACAUCAACGGUGUGCUGUCCAUGGAGUACGUCGUGCACAAGUACACCGGCUUGCCUUACAGUGAAAGCGGCUCAAGCUCCUUUGCGCUUCCAUCUUGGCAACAGUCGAUGAUUGUCUCCUUCCUGUCUCUCGGCACCUUCCUCGGCGCCAUCAUUGCUGGAGACCUGGCCGACUUCAUCGGCCGCAGAACCACCAUCCUGGCCGGCUGCCUUGUUUACACCAUCGGUGUCAUCCUCCAGGCCGCUUCCACCGAGUACAAGCUUCUCAUCGUUGGCCGUGUCAUUGCCGGUGUCGGCGUCGGCUUCGUCUCCGCCAUCAUCAUUCUGUACAUGUCUGAGAUCGCGCCUCGCAAGGUCCGUGGUGCCAUCGUUUCUGGCUAUCAGUUCUGCAUCACCAUUGGUCUGCUCCUUGCCUCCUGCGUGGACUAUGGCACCCAGAACCGCCGCGACACUGGCUCUUACCGCAUUCCUAUUGCCAUCCAAUUCUUGUGGUCGCUCAUCCUCGGCACGGGUCUGCUUUUGCUUCCGGAGUCUCCUCGCUACUUCGUCAAGCGUGGUCGCAUCGACAGGGCCGCCCAGGUGCUUGCCCGUGUUCGUGGCCAGCCCGUGGACUCCGAGUACAUUCAGCAGGAACUUGCCGAGAUUGUUGCCAAUCACGAGUACGAGCUUCAGGUCAUUCCUCAGGGCAGCUACUUCAACAGCUGGAUCAACUGCUUCCGCGGCAGCCUCUUCAAGGCCGGCUCCAACGUGCGCCGCACGAUCCUUGGUACUUCCCUUCAGAUGAUGCAGCAGUGGACUGGUGUCAACUUCGUCUUCUACUUCGGUACAUCGUUCUUCAAGUCUCUCGGUACCAUUUCCAACCCAUUCUUGAUCUCCCUGAUCACCACGCUAGUCAACGUCUGCUCCACACCAUUGUCCUUCUGGAUGAUUGAGCGUUUCGGUCGCCGAACCAUUCUCAUCUACGGUGCCGCUGGUAUGGUUGUCUGCCAGUUCAUCGUCGCCAUUGCCGGCACCGUUGACGGAAGCAACCACGCUACCGUCAGCGCUAUGAUCGCCUUCAUUUGCAUCUACAUUUUCUUCUUCGCAACUACUUGGGGCCCGGCUGCCUGGGUCGUCAUUGGCGAGAUCUUCCCUCUGCCCAUCCGAUCCCGCGGUGUUGGUCUCUCCACUGCUUCCAACUGGAUGUGGAACUGCAUCAUCGCCGUUAUCACUCCUUACAUGGUCGGUGAAGACAAAGGAAACCUCGGCCCCAAGGUCUUCUUCAUUUGGGGCUCCCUUUGCGCCUGCUGCUUCGUUUACGCGUACUUCCUCGUUCCUGAGACCAAGGGUCUUACCCUCGAACAAGUCGACCGCAUGUUCGAGGAGGUUAGCCCACGCCAGUCCGCCAAGUGGAAGCCAACCACCACCUUCGCACAGGAGAUGGGUGUCACCGAGAAGGGCGAGCUCAACCCUGAGAUCGUUAUGGACGUCGAGCGCAAGGGCAGCGUCCACUAAACGAUGCACCUCUGAUACCCAGCUACUCUGCUUGUGACUGGUCUGUUUUAAUGACGUGAUCUGCGUGGUUGAAAUGUACUCUUAUGUCAAUGUUGACAAUGAUCUUGGCUCAUCUCAACACGAUACAUGUGUGCAUUGUUCUAUCGUUGUGGAUCCACGUGGUCAACGAACGCGUAAAUUCGAACAGCACUCGCCUCAGCAGAGCAUCAACGUGCUUAGGUUAGAUGCGUAAUGUUAGAUAUGUGGAAUCGAUUUUGACGGUUUCGUUUGCCCG